GAGAGUCUUCUUAUCUGCUGUACCCUACCCUACAAUUCUCUGUUUUAACUUCUUAUCUCCGUCGCCAGCCAUGGAUGCCAUCAGCUGCUCCGCCGAGCAGCUUGCGCCGCUCUUCGGCCCAAACGCCACCGACGCCGUCGCCGCCGCGAAUUACAUCUGCGGACAAUUCUCCGUCGUGUCGGAUCGAUUUGUCGACACAACCUUCGCCGUGGACACCACCUACCUACUCUUCUCGGCCUAUCUGGUCUUCUCUAUGCAGCUCGGCUUCGCCAUGCUCUGCGCCGGCUCCGUCAGGGCUAAGAACACCAUGAACAUCAUGCUCACCAAUGUCCUCGACGCCGCCGCCGGCGGCCUCUUCUACUACCUUUUCGGCUUCGCCUUCGCCUUCGGCGCGCCGUCCAACGGCUUCAUCGGGCGCCACUUCUUCGGCUUGAAAGACGUCCCGACUUCCGACUACGACUACAGCAAUUUCCUCUACCAGUGGGCCUUCGCCAUCGCCGCCGCCGGAAUUACCAGCGGAUCCAUCGCCGAGAGGACGCAAUUUGUGGCGUAUUUGAUUUACUCCUCCUUCCUCACUGGAUUCGUCUACCCCGUCGUCUCCCACUGGUUCUGGUCCGGCGACGGCUGGGCAAGCGCCUUCAACACCGACAACCUCCUCUUCGGCUCCGGCGUCAUCGAUUUCGCCGGCUCCGGCGUCGUCCAUAUGGUCGGAGGCCUCGCCGGACUGUACGGAGCCCUAAUCGAAGGUCCUAGAAUCGGCCGGUUCGACCACACCGGUCGAGCCGUUGCCCUCCGCGGCCACAGCGCUUCCCUCGUCGUUUUAGGAACUUUUCUUUUAUGGUUUGGAUGGUACGGAUUCAAUCCAGGCUCCUUCAACAAAAUCUUAAAUCCGUACGCCAAUGGCGGAAAUUACUACGGCCAGUGGUCCGCCGUGGGCCGGACGGCGGUGACGACGACGCUGGCCGGUUGCACGGCGGCGCUGACGACGCUCUUCGGGAAACGGAUCCUCUCCGGCCACUGGAACGUCACCGACGUCUGCAACGGGUUGCUCGGCGGCUUCGCCGCCAUCACCGCCGGCUGCUCCGUCGUGGAGCCCUGGGCCGCCGUGAUCUGCGGCUUCGUGGCGGCGGUCGUCCUCAUCGGCUGCAACCGCCUCGCGGAGAAGAUGAGAUUCGACGACCCGCUGGAGGCCGCGCAACUCCACGGCGGCUGCGGCGCGUGGGGCGUGAUCUUCACCGCCCUAUUCGCGACGGAGAAGUACGUGAACGAGGUGUAUCCCGGCAAGCCCGGCCGUCCGUACGGGCUGUUCAUGGGCGGCGGCGGGCGGCUGCUGGCGGCGCACGUGAUCCAGAUUUUGGUGAUCACGGGGUGGGUGAGUGCCACGAUGGGUCCAUUGUUCUACAUCCUGAAUAAAAUGAAGCUCCUCCGCAUAUCGGAGGACGACGAGCUCGCCGGAAUGGAUCUGACCCGGCACGGCGGGUUCGCUUACGUGUACGAGGACGACGACUCGAACCGGCAGGGAAUCCAGAUGAGGAAGGUGGAGCCCAGUCCUAACGUUUAGUCACAAUAAACCAUUUUUAAUAUGAUUAUUAUUGAUUAUUAUUAUUAUUAUUUUUAUUUGCUAUUUUUGCUGAAUCAGUAGUUUAUGCUUGAUAAGGUUUUUGUGCAUAUUUCUUUUACGUUUUGGUUUACCAGUACAGUAAUGAAGGGGAAAUCAAAUGUAAUGAAAUGAAAUGAGAUCAAUGGGGUAUGAUUGAUGGCAGGAAUCCGACGGCUUGGAUUGAUUGUGAAUUUGUGUGUGUCGAAAAAUGUCGGUUCAAAUCCCCAUUUGUCUCAUGUCACUUUGCUUAUAGUUCGUCUUGAAUUAUAAGUUUUAGCCCUCACUGAA